GCCCGCUUCGCGACGAUGGAGAAAGCAACUAAUAUGAAGAAGACCAAGACGGGCGGCGCGACGACGAUCGCUCCUCCGCGCACCGCCGCGUCGACGGCGGUACCUCCAAGCAACAUCCGCCCCGAGAUGUACCAGUGGCUCGUCCAGGAGAGCCAGAAGGCCAAGGCGGCGGCGCCGGCGACGGGCCUUCCAACGAUGCCACCCAUGAUGUCGAUGCCCAUGCAUGGCUCUGCCGCGAGCAACGUCAUGCAACUUCAACAGCUCAACCAGAUGAUGCCGCUCAUGUCGGCGUACCCCGGCUUUCUCGCCGGCUUCGGUAACAUGCCCCAGACUGGCGCCGCGCCGCAGGCGUCGUUCCCGCCUGCGAACCCGCUCAACCUCUUCAACAUGGUGCACCCGGCGGCCACGUCGCCCAAGGACGGCGUCAAGCACAGCGGCGGCAGCAGCGCGAGCUCGACGCCCAAGGCCAGCGACUACUCGAAGAAGCGCAAGGCCGACGACGACGACCAGCCGCCGCUCACGCACUUUUUGAACAAGGACGGCAGCUCCGACCUCAACCCGCAGCGCAAGAAGCGGCUCGAGCGCAACCGCGAGUCAGCGCGCGAGUGUCGGCGCCGGAAGCGCGACCACAUUCUCGGCGUCGAAGAGCGCUGCAAGGCGCUCGAGAAGGAAAACAUGGAGCUCCGGUCGCAGCUCAAGGCCGGGAAGGAGGCCAUGAAGCAAGAAGAAGACGAGAAGACGCAAAUCUGCAUCGAGCUCGAGUCCAUGAUCCACGAAAAUGCGCCCGAGCCUGAAAUCGCGGCCAAGAUCGACAACUUCAAAGAGCAAUACUCGGACUAUGGCCAAGGUCGGCAGUCGGCGCUCAACUACCACUUGCACCAACUCGAGCGGCUUUUGAUGCCGACGCAAGUGACCAAGAUGUGCAUUUGGGCGCUCAAGCAGGACGAUGCGUUCUGGGAGGACGGCGAAGACGAAACGAGCCUGCUCUCGAUCCUCACGCACGACCUCGGGCUCACCGAGGAGCAGCGCAAGAGCAUCCAGUCCCACCGGAGUGCGGUGGUCAAGAUUUGCGAAAACCUCCGGCUCGCUUUGCAGCUCUUGCACCAGCUCAAGGCCGACGUCGAGCAAAAGAACAUUACGCUCGACACGGAGAUGGACCAGCUCCAGAACAUUCUGACGCCGACGCAGCGCGCCAAAUUUAUCGUGUGGGUCACCAACAACCCGGCGUGCAUGCACCUCCUCAACAAGCUUUGGACAAACGUGUUUUAGGCGACACUCUCCCUAUCGUAAUCUAUGUCGUUCCUGGUUUUAUCUUCUUCA